AUAGAAAGAAGGUUUACGCCACGAUAUUCUCAGUUUAUGUAGUGAUACCAAGCUGUGUAUAGACGUCAGGGAAACAGUCCUUCUACCGAAGGCACUGUACCCAGUUUGCUUUAGUUUUCUUCGUUUGGAAUUUAAGAACAGUGAUAUUAUAAAGUGACAAUGGUUCCACAGAACAGCCCGGCGGGCCAGCAGUCCGGUAAUUUUGGUUCUCAGCAGAUCGAUCCUGAAUCACAUACUCCAUACACUGAUGCGACUCAAUGCAAAAAAGCAUCGAAUCAUGUGAAGCGCCCUAUGAACGCUUUCAUGGUGUGGUCUCAAAUUGAAAGGAGAAGGAUCUCGGAAGUUUCCCCGGAUAUGCAUAAUGCUGAAAUAAGUAAAAGACUCGGAAAACGGUGGAAGUUGUUGACGGAGACCGAGCGACAGCCAUACAUCGAGGAGGCCGAGAGGCUCCGACUUCUACACAUGCAGGAGUACCCCGAUUACAAAUACCGUCCUAGGAAAAAGGCAAAACCAGUCGGUAAACCCGAAAGUGGAAAAGUGACAAAAAGCUCAAGUAAACACAGGCAUGACAAACACCGACAAAAAUCAGUGAGCAGGGGAUUUUUAAACACUACGAACAAUCUCAAUGUGAACACUGCUAAUGCUGACAGUCGACUCCGACUCAAGCUAACAAUUGACAAAAAGUUCAAAGACAGUAUAAAAGCGAGUCGACAUGUCCCAGUGUCUUCCUGUCAACUCACCCCUCCCGCCAAAGUGCCGUCCAGCCCCUCGGUGUACUCGCCCCCGACCCCCGAGUCCACGAGCUUCUACCCAGAGGAAAUCUACGACACCCCGGCGGCCUCUCCACAGGAGGAGCCCGCCAAGACCAGUCUACCUCGCCAGGCUGCUAACCCCUCCCAACACGGAGACGGGUCCUCCCUAGCCGAUCUCGACAAUCUCACGGACGUUUUACAAAUGCCAACUAACUGGCAGCUUGAACUGGGGAAUCUGGAUCUCAGCAAAUUAGCUGAUACAGACUUCCCAAACUUUGAUAUACAACAGGCACAACAGACCUGUCACGUUUCCAGUGCUAUGUCCACAUCAAGCAAUGGAUCACAUUUUGAAUUCCCGGAUUAUUCCACGCCAGAAGUGUCCGAAAUGAUCGGUCUGGAAAAUGAGUGGUUGGACAUAUCAGUGCUGGGGUCGAUCGCUGCCCAUUAGACUGGCUGUGUGGGUAAGACCGUCUUACUCCAUGGUACUUACUAUAUAAUUAUGUCGAUCUUUCAUUCAUUGUGCAAAUGUGUGUAUAAACGGGACAACGUGCAAAAAGUGAGGACUUGCAAAACUGGGAGGAAUACUGUCAUUCAGAGUGCUCCACUAGGUCCGAUGGAGAAUGUAUAUAUUAAGUUAAUAUAGGGCUGUGUGGUAUAGUUAGGUCCGCAGUAUGUGUGUUGUGAGUAGGUCUCAUACUGUAACCGACAAAAUGGGUUAAUAAUUUUACCCGUGGACGGACUCAAAUCAGGUCAGUACACUUACCCAUCGAAAUUCAUGUGUUUUUUUUCUACCGCAAUUAUUUAACCGAUGAAAUGCAAUAACUGGCGAUAUUGUAUCUGACCACUGGUAUAAUUAGUACUCAUCAUGUCGCGGGGACAUUUUCAUAAAGGUAUAUUUUCAUAUUCCAUAAUUGUUGAAACAGCAGGGAACUUUGUAUUAAGGAAAUAUCCGAAACGCAAGAUGUAAAUAUUGUAAAUUUGUUCAAAGAGUAUAUGUUGACAAACAAAUCCAUCUUGAUAAUUUUGUACAUUUUGUAGAGAUUUGAUGGAACUGAGAGUGAGAAUGUAUUUUAUUAUAGUGAAAUCUCGGUAACAUCAUCUCUUGAUUUUAUAACAUUUUCUAUUUACUGUUAUUUUAAAGAAGAAGCAUUUUUUUGUAGAGAAAAGAUAAAUAAUCUCUAAAUGUUAAUGUACAAAAAUGAUGGGGUUUAUUUAUUGUGCUAGAAAAACUGUUAUUUAUAAGACCCAUCGGUAAGUGAGCGAGUGAGCCAGUGAGAGCGUUACAUAUAUAUUUGAUAUGCAUAUCCAACGAAAACAAGUGUGUGUUUACGUAUGGCUACAGAAACAAAACUGGCCAAAUGUAAAUAUUAUGUGCACAUCCAAAAUUGUGCAUUCAUUUAUAUUAAUAUUAUUAUGUUGUAGUGAAAAAAUACAACAAAUUUUCUACA